AUUGAAAACAAACAUCUCAACCUGGUUUUCGUGAGUAAAGACUAUACAAAUUUCCUCUUGAUAACAUUGCUUAAAAGCUCGGCUAACUCCUGCCAGAAUUUAUUUCUUAAGCGGCAACGAUGUGCGAUUACGAUGAGUUCCGGUUCGAAUGCAACCACUCAGUAUGUCGCUUGAAGUCCUACUGCCAUUUCGCACGUAACGACCCCAAUCACAUUUGCCUUGGAGUCAAGAAGCUCCGAGACUCGUGGCUCCAGGCAGGACAGCUCUGCGAAAAAUGUGUCGAGAAUGGAUUUCGCUUGGUGAAUGGAAAGAUAUGGGCCCCUCCUCAUCGUGCGAGGUGAAUACUGUACGGGCAUAAGAGAUAGAUAUUGCCGGGGAUUACGCAGUAUACAGUAUGCAUUCAGUUUGACGUCGGAUGACGU